GGUUGGGAAGGGCCUCCAGCUGCCCCUUCUAUAAGAGGCUGGGUUUUGCACUGGGUCUCUCCUGUCCACUGCCAUAUUCAGCAGCAUCAUCAUUGGCAUCAUGCUGAGAAUCCUGUGCCUCAGCUGGGCCCUGGCUCUGGCUCUGGCAUACCCCUUGGGCCACGGUGACAGCAAGUUCAACCACACAGGCAGCAAUUGGCACCAUAUGGGCUCUCAUCCUUCGUCCAGUGACCCAGAGCUUGGGCAACGCUGUGGUGAGGAGGGCUUUGAUGCCAUCACGCUGGAUGAAAACGGGGCCAUGCUCUUCUUCCAAGGGGAUUUGGUCUGGAAGGGGUUCCACCAGGCAGCCGAGCCCAUCAAUGCCUCCUGGCCAGAGAUUCAGGGCCCGAUUGAUGCCGCCCUGAGGAUUCACCACCUGGAUCAUCCGGACAUUCAUGACAACGUCUACCUCUUCCAGGGCCAACGCCUCUGGGCCUAUACCAACGGCAAGCUGAAGCCCAACUACCCACGGCAGAUUGAGGAUGAGUUCAAACGGGUGCCCAGGGACCUGGACGCGGCUGUGGAGUGCCACUCCAAGGAGUGUGCAGAUGAGACUCUCCUCUUCUUCAAGGGCUCCACCAUCCUGGCCUAUGACCUGAAGACCAAGCAGGUGAAGCAGCGGAACUGGCCAGCCGUGGCCAACUGCUCUGCGGCUGUCCGCUGGCAGGAGCGCUACUACUGCUUCCAGGGUGUCCGCUUCCUGCGCUUUGACCCGGUUACAGGCCAUGUGCCUCCCAACUAUCCACGGGAUGCCAGGGACUAUUUCAUGCGUUGCCCUGGCAGAGGCCAUGGGCAUGAAGCUCGGAGAAAUGCCACUCUCCAGGCCAUCUUAGACCCUUGCAGUGGCUACCCCUUCCGGGCCUUCUCCUCUGAUGAUGCCGGGCGGAUCUAUGCCUUCCGAGAGGGCCACUACUUCCGUGUGGACUCUGCCCGGGAUGGCUGGCAUGCUUGGCCCCUCAGCCACACCUGGAAGGAGCUGGAGGGAGAGGUGGAUGCGGCUUUCAGUUGGGAGAACAAGCUCUAUCUGAUCCAGGGCUCCCAGGUGUCCAUCUACCUGGCUGAGCAGGGCUACCGCCGCGUGGAGGGCUACCCUCGGCCUGUCCAGGAGGAGCUGGGAGUCUCCGGGGCUGAUGCCACCUUCACGUGCCCCCACUCCAAGGACCUCUAUGUCAUUCAAGAUAACCAUCUUCACCAUGUGGACCUGACACAGAGCCCCCGUCGUCCAGACUCCCCCAUCCUCAUCCCCCACGAUCGGGUGGACAGUGCCCUGUGCACCAAUAAGGGGCUCUUCCUUUUCUAUGGAGCUGAUGUCUACCAUUACACCGAUGUUGCUCAGCUAUGUGCUGCCAAGGCCCCUGCUCCAACCCAGAACGUUACCACCACCUUUCUCAAGUGUCCCAUGGCCCCAAAAAGUACAGGGGUGCAUGGGGGUCCGAAGCGCCCUCCUCACUGAGGAGCCUGGUGAUAGCUGGGGGGCCACCCUGUGCUCUGUGGCCAUUUCCCCCAUGGUUAAUAAACCUUUUGCCUUUUUUUUUACCAUG